AUGAGUUUCUUGGGAAGAAUGAAUUACAUCAGUUGGUUCAUAGCUCAAACUGCAGUGAUCUGCGAACCCAUAUUCAAGUUACUGAAGAAGGAUGCUGCCACAAAAUGGACAGAAGAAUGCCAAAAGGCUUUUGAUAGAAUCAAAGAAUACUUGUCCAACCCACCAGUACUGGUCCCACUAGAGCCGAAAAAGCCUUUGUUAUUGUAUUUAUCUGUCAUGGAUAAUGCAUUUGGAUGUGUAUUGGGGCAGCAUGAAGAGACAGGUAGAAAAGAGCAAGCCAUUUACUAUCUGAGUAAGAAGUUCACACCAUACAAGGCAAGAUACACCUUGUUGGAACGGACAUGUUGCGCUAUGACUUGGAUCGCACAAAAGUUUAGGCAUUACCUGUCUGCAUACACCACAUACUUGAUCUCAAGAAUGGAUCCACUCAAGUACAUCUUUCAGAACCAAUGCCUACAGGAUUACAGGCCGGCCACAAUCUACUUCCCUGAUGAAGAAGUUUUGUUUGUAGGAGAAGACAUAUCAGAGUCGUAUGAUGGAUGGAGGAUGUUCUUUGAUGGAGCAUCGAACUCUAUUGGAGUUGGAAUAGGAGCAGUCUUAAUUUCGAAAACAGAUCAGUAUUACCCAAUCUCAGCCAAGAUUAGGUUCUACUGUACCAAUAACAUGGCGGAAUAUGAAGCUUACAAUGCAGCCAACCUCAACAACGAUCUUAUGAAGGAAACUUGUGAAAGGUUCAAGAUUGCUCAUCGAAAUUCCACGGUUUACCGGCCACAUAUGAAUGGAGCAGUUGAGGCUGCAAAUAAGAAUAUCAAGAAGAUCCUAAGGAAAAUAGUGGAUAGUCACAAGCAAUUGCAUGAGAAGCUACCAUAUGCUUUACUUGGUUAUCGCACCACGAUCAGAACAUCAACUGGGGAAACUCCUUAUAUGUUGGUUUAUGGUUCGGAAGUAGUAAUACCUGUUGAGGUGGAAAUACCAUCUUUAAGGAUUAUCCAAGAGGUUGGUCUGGACGAUGCAGAAUGGAUACGUAGCAGGCAUGAACAAUUGAAGCUCAUCAAUGAAAAGAUGAUGGACGCGGUUGGUCAUGACCAACUCUAUCAAAACAGAAUGACCAAAGCGUUCAACAAGAAAGUCAAACCUCGACGGUUCACACCGGGGCAAUUGGUAUUGAAGAAGAUCUUUCCUCACCAAGGAGAAGCCAAAGGGAAAUUUGCACCAAAUUGUCAAGGACCCUACAUGAUUCAUAGAGUACUCUCAGUUGAGCGGUAA